CUAAACCAGCAGCCGUAAGAGGAGGGGAAUUUUUCUCUGUUCGCAGUCAAUCAGGCAAUGAUUUUUCCUUCUCCUCACUUAGCCGCAGCAGAGUUCUUCUAUCCAUCCAUUUCACUUAGCAAGCAACCAACAUUUUUUCUUUUCUAAAGCAAGUAGCAGCCGCACGAUUUUCUUUCAUUCCAAGCACGCACCAACAAUUUUUUCCUCCUCCUGAGGACCAACCGCAACAACAAGAAGGAUUUCUAAAGUUCACACUUCUUUCAAUUUCUUCCAAGUUAAUUUAGAUUCCAAACAUUCAUUGUCCUUGUGAACUAAGCUGCAGGAACCAGUGUAUGCACACUCGCUCCUCGAGUGAACAAGAGCUGAUUGAAGGUUAUUCUAAUCCUGAACGCUUGUUUUGAGGAAGGGCUAAAAGGCGAUUGCUAGAAGACUUGAACAAAAUGGCCGAUCAGACAACUCUUGAGACAUUGACGCCUAACUAUGUGGCGAGAAAUAGCAUUGGUGCACCCACCAUUGAGGCCAACAAUUUUGAAAUAAAGCCAGCCAUGAUUCAGAUGCUUGCCAAUAAUCCAUUUUGUGGAUACGCCCAUGAAGAUCCAAUGGAGCAUAUUGAGAGCUUUAUUCAGACUUGUGCUACGUUCAAAUAUAAUGGAGUGUUCAGUGAGGCAGUAAGGCUGGCUUUAUUCCCGUUCUCAUUGAGAGACAAGGCUUCACGGUGGCUCCGUAGCUUUCCAAACGGGCACUUUGAUACAUGAGAGAAGCUUCAUUAGACAUUUAUGCGGGAGUAUUUUCCUCCCUCUGCUGCUAUCAAGGUUCAGACAGAAAUUCUUAAUUUCACUCAAGCUCCGACUGAAUCUUUUAGUGAAGCAUGGGAUAGGCUCAAGACGCUGAUAAGGAAGUGUCCAGAAACAUUCAUGAAUGCAGCAACAAUUAUGUGCAGAUUUUAUAACAGGCUUCGACUGGAGUAUAUGAGAUAAUUAGUCCGGGCAGCUCAGGGGGUUAUGUUUCUGAAAUUAUCCCCACGAGAGGAAGAACAAAUAAUUGAGAACUUGGCUUCAAAUGACUAGUAUUGGUUUCAAAUAAUUUGGAUCCCAUCACUGCACUCACAGCGAAGAUUGAGGGACUGGCAGUGGACGUGAAAGACUUGAAGGCGCAUAUGUAAUACCCAAGAUUAAUACAAAAGGAUUAAUAGUACUACUCAUACCAACAGAGGGGCAUCUCCUUUUAAGAGAGCUCAUCACCCAAAAGAACUUCAAAGUUAAGCGUGCUUGCACGGGAGUAGUCUUGGGAUGGGUGACCCCCUGGGAAGUUUCUAAGGGCGUGCAUGAGUGAGGACAAAGUGUGCGGUAAAGGCUCGUGGUGGUUUGUGAGGACAGUACUAGAGGUCUGGAGUAACUACCUCGGGUCUUGCGGGGCCGGGGUGUUACAGCAUACCUCUUAACAGCAGCAACAGGUCUAUAAUAUUGGGGAAUAUAAGCCCUCUUAUCCUAUGUAUUCUGUCCCACUUCCUGUUCGAGCAAGCUAUCCAAACCCAACCAGCCAAGAACUCGCUUUAUCUUGCGAGAUGUGCAUGUGGGCUCACCUCACUCACACAUGCCCUCUUUAUGUUCAGAAUCAAGGAACUCCAGUGGUUCGUGACGUGAAUCUCAUGGAAUAUGGUCAAAGCCAGAGAGGUGGUGGGCAGUUUUUCAACAACCAAGUUUAGAGAGGAAACUUUCAGCAAGCAGGAGGCUCGUCAAAGACAGCUUGAACCACCUCCCGUAAAUGCGGCGUUAGAGAAAAACUGUGUCUGAAUUAGCCAAAAACCAAGCGGAGAUACACCAACGUAUUAGCAACCUAGAAGCUCUUAUUCGCCAGCUUGGUUCAGUUGCUCCUAGAAAACCGGACAGCCUUUCGAGUUCAACAGAACCCAAUCCAAGAGAGCAUAUGCAGGCCGUUACACUACGCAGCGGGAGAACUCUUAAAGAAGAUGAUACUCUGCCAGUACCUCAGCAAAAAGAGGAUCAACAACCUCAAGGCUCGGAUUCUAAAGAGGUUGAAGAAGAACCAGUGCCUGCCCCUAUUCCAUCCAGGAGUAAUGAAGCUCAGAAAGAAGAUUCUCAGAAGAAAGAGAAGAGUAUGACGACUCCACCCAUCCUGUUCCCUACACGGGUGAAGAAAAGCAACGAUAACACGAACUUGAUCAGAUUUAUGGAGCAUCUGAAGCAGCUCCAUAUCAAUAUGCCAUUCAUGGAGGCUUUGACAGAGUGCCAAGGUACGCGAAGUUUCUAAAGGACCUCCUCAUGAAAAAGAAGAGGUGGGAAGAGCCAGAAGUCGUGGAUCUUAAUGCAGAAUGUGUAGCAGUUGUCCUGAAGACCAUGCAUCCGAAGUUAAAAGACCCAAGGAGUUUUCUAGUACCUUGUUCUAUUGAAAAUUUUAAGUUUAAUAAUGCUUUAGCAGAUUUAAGAGCAAGCAUCAAUCUGAUGCCUUCCUCUGUGGCCAUAAAACUUAGCUUGGGUGAACUUAAGCCCACUCGUAUGAGCCUCCAGUUAGCGGACCGAUCGGUGAAAUACCCGAAAGGGAUUCUAGAGGGUGUAUUAGUAUGGGUGGACAAGUUCAUAUUCCAUGUCGAUUUUGUGGUCAUGGACAUGGAGGAUGAUCCUGAGACUCCACUUAUUUUAGGGGGGCCUUUUCUGGCUACUGCCCGGACCCUUGUUGAUGUUGCUGAUGGAUCACUUUGUCCGAGGGUUGGGGACGACGUGUGUACUUUUAAACUCUCAUAAGUGAUGAGUAAGGCCUCAGAUCCCGCUGAAUCAUGUCAUUAUCUUGAUAUGUUUGAGUCAGUGGAGGAGUAUUUGUUUGGAGGCGAUAAUUAUAUUUCCCCACCAGAUAAUGACAUUCAUUAUGUGGGGGAUAUGGUGGCUGAAAAUGAAGAAGAAAUGACUGUUGAUCAGGUGAUUAGGGAUGAUGUUUUCCUUGAGUUACUUAGGGAGUUUGAGGAGCAGCCCACUGAUAAGGUUACUCCUGAACUCAAUCCACUUCCUAGUCACCUGGAGUAUGUGUUUUUGGAUACAGAGGGCCAACGCCCUAUCAUUAUUUCAGCUUAGUUAGAGUCAGGACAGAAGGAAAAAUUGAUGGAUGUCCUUAAGCGUCAUGAGCAAGUCAUUGUUCGUAAGCUUGAGGAUCUUCGUGGGAUUUGCCCAACCUUAUGUACCCACAAAAUCAAGUGUGAGGAGGGGUAUAAACCAGUCGUGCAACCACAACGACGUUUAAACCCCAUGAUGAUAGAAGUUGUAAAGGCAGGAGUCAUGAGGCUUCUAGAUGUGGGCAUAAUUUAUCCAAUUUCAGAUAGCCAAUGGGUUAGCCGUACUCAUGUGGUCCCCAAGAAGGGGGGCCAUGAUGGUUGUUAAGAACGAGAAGGGAGAACUCCUACCUAGUAGAUGGUGACCGGGUGGCAGAUGGUAAUUGAUUAUCGUAAAUUGAAUGAGGCCACUCGGAAGGAUCACUUUCCCUUACCUUUUGGUGAUCAGUUGGUUGAGAGUUUGGCAGGCCAUGCUUAUUAUAUUGUUUCCUUGACGGAAUGAGCAAGUAUUUUCAAAUACACGUUGAUCUCGUUGACCAGGAAAAUACUACUUUUACUUGCUCAUUUGAGCCAGAUUAGGAAUCAGAUAUUAUCGUCAAGCUAGUGACGUUAAAGAAGCGCUUCUGGGAGGCAACACAUGAUUAAAAAAAACUAUAAAAAAAUAGAAUUAGGAGUUUAUUAUUUCUUGUUUAUGCAUUUUUUCCCCUUUGUUUCUGUGAUUUCAUCUUGUGGUUGUGCGGUUGGAUUUCUUGGUUGCUCUGAAUUGCAGGUGCUGCAUGGUUAUCAUUGACUGGUCUUGAGGAAGAAACGCCCUAUGUUAAUGGAGUUCAUCAGGGCUACCAGCCGUAGUUUACUUCACAGAAGGUCCGUGAGUGAUAUGAGAGUUGGACCUAGCUUCAGACACUUCCAAGGCCAGUAAUUGGAGACCUAUGCAUGUUGAAGGAUAAGGUUGUUGGGAAGAGUUUAACCAAUUCCAGGAGCAUCACGCCACUAGAGAGAAGAAACGAUUAGAUACCCUACGCUCACAUCAGGUGCAGACACAGGAAUUCCAGCAGCUUGUUUUCAGACUACCAGCAAGAUUUGGGCUAAAAACCAUCUGGAAAAGUCGUUUUAUUCAUGAUACAGAGUUUCAUGCUCAUAGUUUGAAUAGACAGUGAAUCAGAGCGCACCUGAGCACGUUCCGGUGAACAGAGUUGUGCCUAUGGGCUAGUUUUUACUUCACCAGUGCACCAGACAGUGAUUCACACUUACUCAAGAUUGAAGGACUUCAAGUAGCAGUACGAGACAGACCGUGUGUAGGAUUUAGCGGCAUCUAUGAAUCGAGGAGACUGAUUUCAGCCUUAUUCUCGAGGUUAUUCACCGUCGUUUGGCUUGUACGGUAUUCUGCCAAAUUUCACUAUGCUGCUAAGAAUGUGUGUUUACUGUCAUAUUACUCCUUUGUUGAAUUGUAUUGAUUAUUAUUCUGAUUAUGAUGUGUUGUCGGGCUAAAAAUCAUUUUAUUCUUUAGCUUGCCCUUGUUAUUUUUGUUUUAAUCUUUUCUUUGACCUCGAGGACGAUGUCAGCCCUAAGUGUGGGGAGGUUUGGUUGUAGCUUGGACAUGGCAUUUGGUGAUGAAAUUGUUUCGCUCAAACAUUUUGAGGUGCAUAGUUUUUUUUUCUGGUUUAGCAACGCAACAGAGGUGUUGAAAAUCCUUACUCCGUAAGGAGCUCUGCUUUCUAAGCGUUUUGGGAUAAAUUCAUGCUAAGCAGGUAACUGAUUCUUGUAAUGGGGUUACACUUUGUGUGAUGUUAAUUUUAAUUAUGAGUAGCUAAUUCCAUAUAAUUGGGGCUAGGGUUCAUGGGUUAUUGAGGGCGUGAAUUUAGUUUUUGAAAUUCAAUUAAUUUUCUAAAAAGUUGUAUAAGAUUACUCUUAAUUGUCUGUAUGAAUUUGAUCACAUCAUAUAUGAAUGUCUGGAUUUAAUUCAAUUCCUGUCUAUGAGAAUUUGAGUUAAAUUAGCUUGGGUCUUAUACAAGCAAUCUGAUCUUGAAAUAAGUUAGGAUUGUGAAAGUUUGAUUUAAUUCUUGUCUAUGAGAAUUUAUUUCAUUUUCUUUCCAGGAAUAAUUGAAAAUCAAUUUACUUAAUUCUAAUCCCGAAAGAACACCCAGAACCCGAACCAUCUAAUUUGAACCCUGUUUUAAUAUCUUGAAUCAAUUUAUUUAUUUUUCUGUUUAUUUUUUCACUCGCUGUUAGUUUUUUUUAACCACCAAAAAAAAUUAUUUGGAAAGAUUAUCAUGACUUGUGCUAGCCUGUGAUCACGGAUUGUAUUUAAACUUCCUUUUUGCCAUUCCUUGAGAGACGAUACUCGUGGUCGGGUUAUUCUUCGGAUUAGCCAACUACGUUUUACCUCACUAAAAAAAUACACGAUCAGGGAAGGAAAACAGGUGUAUUUAUAGGUGUUUGGAGGUGUUAGAGCCAUUUAUCAGACCUGGUUUUUGAGAUACCCGACCGGGUUUCCUGAGUAAUUGCCCAGAAUCUUCAUUAGUCACAUCAUACCCGACCAGGUUUUUGAUUUACUCGAUCGGGUAAAAGACAAAUCUUUGUCAAAUCUUCGCCUUGCACGUUAAAUUGCCUCCAACUCAGAUUUGAUCUUCGGGUCAAGUCAAUACCCGAUCGGGUUUAUGCUUUACCUGACCGGGUAAAUGAGUAUUUUCCCAAAUUUUGUCUUUAUCUUGUUCCCUUUCACUUUUCUUCACCUUUCCAAGGAUCCCUUUGAUGAUCUUUACCUAGUUAAAGCUCAGAAUAAUGCUAAUCUAAACAAAUUACAAACAAAAUAGGAAACAUAAAGUUUUAUACCAAAAGUGUGUAAUUUCCCAAACAACAACAAAUAAAACUAGUUAAAAUUACAAACAUAAAUAAUAACAAUUCUAUACUAUCACUUUGCCAGGAAUGGCGAUUGGCGUGGUUAACCGCGUAAGGGAUGCAGAGUUGCUUGAAGCGAUGCAUUGUGACGGAGAAGCUGGGCUGACCCAUAGAACUCCUACUAACCCUAGCUCGCUGGGAGACAGGCUAGAGUUGGAUCGACGGAACUGGCAAAUUAUAUCCUACAACCGGUUGUACCUUGAGCAUGGUACAGCCGGGUAUUUUUGUAAUAUAUUAGUGUUGGCAGUCGUUGUUGUAACAGGAGAAGGGAACGGUGAAAGAGCUGAGUCGGUCGUUUCCUGCUGUGGAUCAAAUUUUGCUACGCCUGGAACUCCGAAGAGCUCUGCACCACCAUCCAUUCUGAUUACUUUUUCUUUUUGCUUUUUGCUUUGUGCACAACCGUCAUCUAGUUUUGUCUUUUUGCUUUGACUUUUUCUUUACUUUUACCUAGCUAGUUGAUUUUACUUUA